AUCCAGAAUCUUUGACUCACAGCCCCGUGAUUAUAUCAUCGUCCCACUCAGACUUUUCCACUGUAUCAUCAUUCAUCACCCGCCUCCAUUGAUUAUAUCAUCAUCCCACUCAGACUUUUCCACCAUAUUAUCAUUCAUCACCGUCCUCCAUUGCUGAACCUGUGAACUCCCUUCCAGCCCCUUCUUCUUCUUCUUCUUCUUCUUCUUCUUCUUCUCUCUAUCUCUCUGAAAAGCACACUCCAUCUGCUUUAGAUACAGAAUCAAUGGGCUUUCCAGUUGCUUACACCGAGAUUUCCUUACCAAAGCUCUUGUUCCAGACAAUCCCCCUCCUGCGCCUCAUCAGGAACCUCAUCUCCUCCCUCCUCCACCUCCUGGGCUUCUCCGAUUUCCUCGAGAUCGACCCUCCUCUCCCCGAGGGUCGAACACCCGUUUGCCCGCCCGUGUCCGCCGUCCUGAUCCGAGAAUUCCUGCCCCUGACGAAGUACCGGGAAUCGUCGGACCCGCCGGAGAGCUGCACGGUUUGCUUGUACGAGUUCGAGGUUGGGGAGGAGAUCAGGGAGCUGAAGAGCUGCAAGCAUGUCUUCCACCGGAGCUGCCUGGACCGCUGGAUGAACUGCGAUCGGCGAACGUGUCCCCUGUGCAGGACCCAGUUCCUGCCCAAGGGAAUGCAGGAAGAGUACGACGGAUGGUUGUGGGAUGCUGCUGCUUCUGGGGGUGGCGUUCUUGAGCUUUACAGUUAGUACAGAUCGGUUUAGGCAUUGGUGGUGGUCUGUGAACUCGUAUACAUAAAGGGCAAGUUACUUCAGAUCCAAGAAUCAAGAAUAAGAGUCAAAACAAGAAGGAAGGUUUUGCAACUUCUUUUUCUUGAUGUUACUCCCACGAAGAACCGAAAACGAUGACUUGUUUUGAUAUACCAAUUAGGCCUUUUAGCUCCUUUUUUU